CCCUGCGCCCUGGCCCGCGCGCCCCAGGUCUCUUCCCUGCGCCCUGGCCCGCGCGCCCCGGGUCUCUUCCCUGCUCUGAGCCCAGGCUGCGCUUCCCGGGUCCGGCACCGCACGGCCGGCAGGCAGCCAGGAUGCAGGCCCCGCACAAGGAGCACCUGUACAAGCUGCUGGUGAUCGGCGACCUGGGCGUGGGUAAAACCAGCAUCAUCAAGCGCUACGUGCACCAGAACUUCUCCUCGCACUACCGGGCCACCAUCGGCGUGGACUUCGCGCUCAAGGUGCUCCACUGGGAUCCCGAGACCGUCGUGCGCCUGCAGCUCUGGGACAUCGCAGGUCAAGAAAGAUUUGGAAACAUGACAAGGGUCUAUUACCGGGAAGCUAUGGGUGCAUUUAUUGUCUUCGAUGUCACCAGGCCAGCCACAUUUGAUGCAGUGGCAAAGUGGAAAAAUGAUUUGGACUCCAAGUUAACUCUCCCUAAUGGCAAACCAGUUUCAGUGGUUUUGUUGGCCAACAAAUGUGACCAGGGAAAGGAUGUACUCAUGAACAAUGGCCUCAAGAUGGACCAGUUCUGCAAGGAGCACGGUUUCGUGGGAUGGUUCGAAACAUCAGCCAAGGAAAACAUAAACAUUGACGAAGCCUCCAGAUGCCUGGUGAAACACAUACUUGCAAAUGAGUGUGACCUAAUAGAGUCCAUUGAGCCGGACAUCGUGAAGCCCCAUCUCACCUCGCCCAAGGUUGUCAGCUGCUCCAGCUGUGCCAAAUCCUAGGAGGCCCCUUUGCUGGUACAAGAUACAAGAUAGGAAUAAUCACAUCACCCCACGAAUUGUGCCUCACUUGUUACCAUUGUGGGUAAACGUCAGGGUAGAGAAACAUGUGCCAGGCCAGAGACCUAGCCUGUAUCUUUUCUAUAAGAGAGAAAAAGAAUAGGCUCUUUUAAAAUUUCCCUCCCACCAUCCAUCAGCACAGUGUUUACAAGCUUUUUAAAAUAUUGAGUCUGUUACAAAAUCCUGUUGUGCAGCUGACCAAAAUUCUGCAGGGCCAGAGUCAGCCCUGUUAUUUGCUUCUUUGGGUCAGCAGAAGGCUCAGGUUUUCAAGAGAAGCGGGAGAGAGCAACGUAGCCGUCAAGUUAAGCACUGGCUUUCGCCUCGCCCUGGUGUCUUUGUCCAGAUUUCAGUGUAUUCCCUGAUGACCUGACAGGCCUACUAAGUAGAUGUGAUAUUUUCUCCAGAGCUCCAUUGUCGGCAGACCUAAGAGUCGCCUCUGAUUUAGCUGUUCAGAGUCCUGCGCUAGGAGUCCUGUGUUUUCCUUCCCUUCACUGUCGCUUGCCAUGCCCUGGACCUUGGUUUCACUGAAAAGUGCCUGAAAAUCCCUGUCCCCGUGUGCCUUUCUGUUAGCUCCGACCCCAGCAGUGGGACUCUUCUGCCCAUGUGAUAUAUAUGAUAUAUAUUUUCACAAGUGAACAAUAAAAGGUUAAAAGAUGCUGUUUCACUAUUUA